AUGGGUAACUUGACCCGGAUAGCAUUGCUAUGUCUGGGCUUGGUCAGCUUAGGCUACGGGCUUGAGUGUAAUGUCGGAUCGAUGACCGUGGACAAAGAGGGGAAAAUCGUCGAGAGUCAAAUUGAAGCGAAAGAAUGCUCUGGUAUGUGCACAAGACGUUCUCCGUUGAUGGCUGAUGGUUCAACAGUGCACUUUUUGGAGUGUGAACAAAGGGAUCGCAGCUUUGAAGCGGAUUCAGUUUGCCACGAUGAUCUUUGCAAUCGAGUACCCGGAAAGGCAAUCGAAACGGAGUUGCUCAAAGUUUCCGAUCCCAAUGAGGAUCCUGUGGCUGAUUUCACCUGCUACGUCGGUAUUCAAGUCGGAAGUAUGACAUUGGCUGGAGCCGUUUCCUCGUGCAGUCAAGCUGGCGCCACCGGAUCGUGCGCUUCAGCUUCGACCUUCCUCGGACAAUACCAAGCCACUCUCUACUUCUGUACAACGCACGCGAUUUGCAACGCUUUCGUCACCCCAUCUCCCCCUGAUGGCAACUUGGUGUGCUCGGGAGUGAGCGCUCAUCCCGACUACAAUAUCACCGCUUGCUGUUGCUAUGAUCAAUCAAACUGUAACACGAAUGGAACUAUUCCAACACCUUUGCCCUCGGCUACUCCACAAACCCGCAUCCCGAUCGCUUGCUAUUCGGGAAUUCACAUUGCUGGAACUCUCAUUGCUGGCGGGUCAUACGUUGCUUGCCAAGGAGAUUGCGCCUCAGUGACGUUCAUGCUCCAAGCUCAAUACGAUUUCACGAUGUACUCGUGCGAGCCGGCAAACAUGUGCCAACAACUUGGAAUUACCAACAAUUGUCUGAACCUUUCCAAUGGAACGCUCGCCGGAUGUUGCUGUAACUCGGAUGCUUGCAUUGAUCCAACCGUCACCCCACCGAGAUAUCCAAAUGGUACUCGAACGCCAAUCAUGGAGUGCUAUGUGGGAGUUCACAUUGUGAACACGACAACCAAUAAUGCUGUCGAUGUCGGGGCUCCGAUUGCUUGUGAUGGAAUGUGCGGCCGCCUGAAGACUACAACUGCUGGAUAUACGAUCGAGUCUUUCUACUGCGCUUCGUACAACUUGUGCUGGGCUUUGGACACGGUUGGAAGCUGCUCGAACUUGACUUUUGCUGGAAUGGGCGUUGAGACGUGCUGUUGCUGGGAUUCGAACAAUUGCAACACCAACAAUACUGAUAUCACUCCUGUGACACCGACACAAAUACCGAGAAGAGACGUGAUCGCUUGCUUCCAGGGACUUCAUGUUAACAACAUUUCAAUCGCUGAAAGUUACACUGGAUGUGUUGGUGACUGUGCCUCGUUGACAGUUCAAUCAUCAGUCAACGGAGAUCAAUACAAUGUGACUCUUUACACCUGUGACCCAACCACCGUUUGCCAAGGAUUGGGAAUUGUCAACAGAUGUGCCCAAAUCCCGAACACACCAAUCAGCGGAUGUUGCUGUGACUCGGACGUCUGCAUCCAGCCAUACCAACGAAAAUAUCCCAAUGGCACAAACUCCCUUCAGUGCGGAGCUGGUCUCACUGUCGACUCCUCCAACUACACGAAUGUCUACCAAGUGCAAUGUGACGGAACAUGUGCCUCUGUUGAGACGACGAUCAGCGGAGCCCGUUUUGUCGGUUAUUUCUGCGCGCCCACCUCCACCUGCAAAACCCUCGACCUUCGCAACGACUGCCUCACCAUUCUGGGAGAUGCUGGCUCACCACAUGUUACAGCUUGCUGCUGCGACUACCAAAACUACUGCAACACUGAACGGAACCGAGUCCGACCGAUGCCGUACACACCAGCGACGAAUCGACCACCAAUCGCUUGCUGGGGAGGUCUUGGCAUCAACAACAACUUCUUCGACAAUUCUGGCCGUUAUAUGGCAUGUCAGGGUGAUUGUGGAAUGAUGACCUUUAGAACGUCGAUCGCUGGACAAGACACCAAUGUGACAAUGUACAGUUGCGAUCCGGUUGGCGUUUGCGAUCGAAUGUACCUCCAAAAUGCGUGCGGCACCUCGCCAACAGGAAUCUUCACGGGAUGUUGCUGUGACUGGAACGAUUGCAUCGAUAUUCCGAAUAGAAAGAUCAACCCCUAUCCAUUGCCCUCAUCAAUCAACUGCUACAUUGGACUCGGCUUCCAAAAUACAUCAGGCGGAAAUGUUACAAACAUUGGUGGACAAAUGUCUUGCGAUGGACAAUGCGGUACUCUUGUCACCGAUAUCAACGGAAUUCACACCUAUGGAUACUACUGCGCUCCACAGGCUAUUUGCUCGGCUUUCGAUGUAUGGAACGAGUGCACUCGAAGAUGGUUGGACUAUCCGGAUGCCACCGAUUGGGUUGACAUUUGCUGCUGCAACAAUGCCGACAAUUGCAAUUUCCAACGACAGCAACCCAACGUCACUGUUCCCACUCCAACUGGCCCAACAAGGCGAAGAACCCCAAUCUCUUGCUAUUCCGGACUCUCAUUCCUCUACAACAACACUUUCUACGGCUUGACCGACGAUGACAAAUACAUGGCUUGUCAAGGAGAUUGUGCUCAGCUCACCUAUCAAUCUUUCCUUAGCGGAAACAACUUCUUGGCUACCGUUUACACUUGUGAUCCCGUAUCUCUUUGCGCUACACUCGGAAUCGCGAAUAGUUGCACCAAUAUCACAAAAUCGGACAACCGUGGAACGGGAAUCUCUGGCUGUUGCUGUAACUGGAAUGAUUGUAUCAACAAAAACAACGGAAGCAUCAACCCACAACCACACAAAAAUGAUCUCCAAUGCUUCGUCGGUGUCCAAUUGCAAUCGAACCCAAUGAAUUCAAGCACCCGAGUGAUGACUGGAGCCUCAAUGCCUUGCAACGGUGAAUGCGCUUCGGUGAAAACGCAUUUCGGCAGCUACGACAUGUGGUCCUUCAUGUGCGCUCCACAAGUUCUCUGCGACGUUUUCGAUACGGAACGCGAGUGUGGCACUUACCAAAUGGAUGCGGCCGGUGACUAUCUUGAGACUUGCUGCUGUGCCCGCUGGGAUAAUUGCAAUAUCUACGGACAUGGCUUCCCAGUUCCUUCACCCGUUCCAUCCAUCGACCCAACGACUUCUCCAAUUGCUUGCUAUGCUGGCUUUGCGCUCAAUCGAAACGUGCUCACUCCGGACAAUAGAUUCAUGGCUUGUCAAGGACAAUGUGCGCAACUCACUUACGGUUCUCGAGUGAACGGAAACGAUUUCUCGGCGACAAUCUUCACGUGUGAUCCUGCAGCGUUGUGCAACUCGUUCAACAUGUCAAACAGCUGCGGCGAUCUCCAGAACAAUGGCCCCAACGGUACUCGAAUUCGUUCAUGCUGCUGUGGAUGGAGUGACUGUAUCGAUCGAUCGUCAAACAGUUCAUUCUCGGUGAAACCCAUGCCCCAUUGGCACAAGGAUGACUUGAACUGUUAUGUUGGCCUCUCUUUCCUCGGCUCAAAUGGAACAACCAGCUAUGGAUCCUCAAUGGGAAUUUGCAAUGGAGAAUGCAUGAGUGUCGAAACGAUGUUCAACGGAGUCGUCACAAUUGGCUUUUUCUGUUCCUCGGAUUCAGUUUGCGAUGCGAUUGAUCCAACUCAGUAUGGAAUCGACCCAGGAAUGCCAGUGAACACCACCGGAGUGCCAGUGCUUGGCUGCUUGGCCGGUAUCAACUACAAUGGAGUUGUGAAUACUGCUGAUCGCUACAUGGCUUGCCAAGGAGACUGUGCCUCGCUCACCUUCUCGUCGACAAUCAAUGGAGGACAACCAAUCAACUUGACGAUGUUUAUGUGUGAUCCGGUUCAAAUGUGUGCUGGACUUCGCAUGCAGAACCGAUGCCACCGGAUCAGCCAACAAGGAAGCGACAACUCGACCUCGAUUCGUGGAUGCUGUUGUCAAUGGAAUGACUGUAUCGACCCUAACACACUUCAGAUUCGCCCUUACCCAUUGCCAACCUCAACCAACUGCUUUAUCGGUCUCUCCUUCCAGAAUGGAACAAGCACCACAACUUAUGGAGGACCUGGACAAUGCGAUGGCCAAUGUGGAUCACUUGUCACCACCGUUAGCGGAGUCAAGACCUACGGAUACUAUUGUGCCCCACAAUCGCUUUGCUCGGCUUUCGAGCUGUGGAACGAGUGCACAACGCGUUUCAUCGACUCAGCCGCCGACACCGUUGACAUUUGCUGCUGUAACUCGGGAGACAGCUGCAACAUCAACAACCAGCAACCAAAUGUCACCAUCCCAACUCCAACUCCACCAGCGACUAGAGGAUACCCACUCUCAUGCUAUUCCGGUCUCACCUUCCAAUUGGGUGGCACAUUCUACAACUUGACUGAUAGUGAUAAGUACAUGUCAUGCUUUGGAAACUGUGCCGCUGUCACUUAUGCCACCACGGCCAACAACGCAAGCUUUGCCGCCACAAUGUACACCUGUGACCCACAAUACUUGUGCCCAAGUCUCGGAUUGAGCAACCAAUGCGUCAACAUCACUGGAAACACUGGAAAUGGAAUCUCUGGUUGCUGCUGUAACUGGAACGAUUGUAUCAACAAAACCACCGGCAACUCGCUCAACCCAUAUCCAUUGCCAACGAGCAGCAAUUGCUUCAUCGGACUCUCCUUCUUCAACCAGAACACUUCAAUGACCACAACUUAUGGAGGUCAAGGGCAGACCUACGGAUACUAUUGUGCCCCACAAGCACUCUGCUCGGCUUUCGAGGUGUGGAACGAUUGCACUCGCCGCUUGGUCGACUCGGCCGGUGACGCUGUUGACAUUUGCUGCUGCAAUGGCAUGGACAACUGCAACAUCAUGAACCAGCAACCAAAUGCAACACUACCGACUCCAGUUGUCGCCACUAUUCCUUCAUCACCACUCGCCUGCUAUGCCGGUCUCACUUUCACGUUCGGCGGUCAAUUCUAUAAUUUGACCGGUGACGAUAAGUACAUGCCGUGCUUCGGAAAUUGCGCUGCGAUCACCUACAACACCACCGUCAGCAAUUCAACAUUUGGCGCUACGAUGUUUACCUGUGACCCGGUGUCUUUGUGCGCGGGUCUUGGGAUUGUGGAUACCUGUGUGACUGUGCCGGGAACUGGAGGCGGAAUUCUUGGAUGUUGCUGUAGCUGGAAUGAUUGCGUGAACAAGACGACCGGAAACUCGCUCAACUCCAACCCUUACGCGCUUCCCACCGGACCCGCACCCACGCAGCUCUCGAGCUCGAUUCCGUUCCUCUUCACCACUCUGCUCAUCUUGGUGGCCUCAGUGUUC